AUGGCGUCGCAACCGCAAGCAGGUCAACGGCCGAAGGUCCAGCCCUGCCGAUACAAGACCGGAAAGACCCUGGGAGCUGGCUCCUACUCGGUCGUCAAGGAAUGUGUGCACAUCGACACCGGCCACUACUAUGCGGCCAAGGUCAUCAACAAGCGCUUGAUGGCGGGACGUGAGCACAUGGUUCGAAAUGAGAUCGCGGUGCUGAAAAGGGUGUCGAUGGGGCAUCAGAACAUCCUGACCUUGGUCGAUUACUUUGAGACUAUGAACAACUUGUAUCUGGUUACCGAUCUUGCGCUUGGUGGCGAGCUUUUCGAUCGCAUUUGCCGAAAGGGCAGUUACUACGAAUCCGAUGCCGCGGACCUCAUUCGUGCUAUUCUUUCCGCUGUGGCAUACCUGCACGACCACGGCAUCGUGCAUCGGGACCUGAAGCCAGAGAACCUUCUUUUCCGCACUCCGGAGGAUAAUGCAGAUCUACUGAUCGCAGACUUUGGUUUGUCGAGGAUCAUGGACGAGGAGCAGUUCCAUGUUCUUACAACGACGUGCGGUACACCGGGAUACAUGGCGCCCGAGAUCUUCAAAAAGAGUGGUCAUGGAAAGCCAGUAGACAUCUGGGCCAUCGGUGUCAUCACCUACUUCUUGCUAUGCGGCUACACCCCCUUUGACCGCGACUCCAACCUGGAAGAGAUGCAGGCCAUCCUUGCAGCAGACUACUCCUUCACCCCAAUCGAAUACUGGCGCGGCGUUUCCCACGACGCACGAGACUUCAUCAAGCGUUGCCUAACCAUCGACCCUAGCGCUCGGAUGACAGCCCACGACGCCUUGCAACACGCCUGGGUCAACCCGCCCUACGACACAUCCGCCGACAAGCUCGGCUCCGGCGAAGAUCUCCUCCCGACCGUCAAGAAGAACUUCAACGCCCGUCGCACCCUCCACAAGGCCAUCGAUACCGUUCGCGCCAUCAACAAGCUUCGCGAAGGCGGCGGCCUAAUGAUGGACGGCAUGAUGAGCGUCGACCCCAAGCCCGAACGAGUCAACGGCAACGACGUCAUCGAAGAACGACGGGACCACGACGGAGACAUGGAAAUCGACGGCCGUGCCAAUGCUCGUGGUCAGACGGAAGAGCAGAUCCGUGCUCAAGAGCGGAAAGUUCAAGAAAUGGUCGCCGGGUUGUGGAGUCGCACUGGGAAGAAAUAA